AUGACGGAGCCGCCUAUUACCAGCGGCCAGAAUCAAUCAGAACACAAAACACGGCAGAAACAAUUCUCUCCACAGUCAUCCUCAACCCAAUCGACUGUAUUUGAUGCGAAUUUUCAAAAUGAGUUAGACAGAAUGGAAGCAGAGUUACAGAAUCAUAGCAAAGGAAAGAAAUCUGCGCAGGCCAAUGAACAUGGUACACAAACACGGCCAGAAAUUAAUUAUUUGGAGUCCAAUUUGAAGUACUUGGACAAAUUGAAUGAUGAAGAGUUAAGUCAGCACCUUCAAAAGAUCAUUGUUGGCGAGGAUUUAUCUAAGAGUGUGGAAGAACAAACUGACAAAGCAGUGCAAGCAGCAUCGUCGGCUUCACCUUUGAUUAACAAAUCAAGUGAUGCCCUUAUAUCCGGGCUUCAUUCUUCAAGUCCGCCUCAGGUUGAAAAGAAUUUGGAGACCAGAAAUGAUGGUGGUAGAGAGAAUCAUGACAGCGAUGAUGAUGAUGAUGAUAUUGACAAGGAGUUGGAGGUAUUUCAGCGAGUGCAAGAAGAGGUUCAGCAAGAAGUCAAAAGAAACGGCAUUCAACCUCUUGAUGAGGAUGUAGAGCAAAAUACGGACAGUUUUAAAAGGCAGGUGGCAAAUGAAGGCAGUAUCAUCUCUGAUUCCAAGCCUGCCACGAAGAAUGGAGAUAUAAAUGAGCCUGUCUUAAUGGGUAAGGUCAGUGCGAGUGGUGAAAAUAAUCUGGAAAAAGAGCCUGGCUUUCACACUACUGGAACGACUACUACGUAUAAGGGUGUAUCGAUUCCGGCGAACAGCGAACUCGUGAGAAGCCGUGAAUCUGGGGUGCUGAAAGCUUAUAAGCAGCUGUUGGAAGGACACGAAACGACUAAGACACAUAUCGACAUAGCAGGAGCUCAACUUGCAGCGCUUCCGUUGACAGUAACUGCUCCUGAACAUCUCUCCUUUAAUGUGCAGAUGCUUAUCAAUACACUACCUGUUUUGGAUAACUUAGCUACGCAGAUUUUACGCAUAAUUUCUCAAGGACCGUUCCAAAAAGUGAUGGAGAUCGUGGCCAACAGAGAUUCAUACAGUGGUAUUGCAUUUGGAAAUAUGGUGGAGUUGUUCGAAACUACCAAGCGGAUUUAUAACUCCGAAGAGAAUCCGUUCUUCACAGUAGAGAACGUGACGUUUGGUCUAUGGAAAUUUGGAGAAGACGCACCCGACUUCCUAAAAGGAAAAGAGGAAACACUAGAAGGUACUCUUCGGAAGGUUAAUUUGGCGACAUUUUUACUAGCUACCCUGGGUCUAAUAGACCUUGGCUUUUUCUUUUUGAAUGAGGCAUUCUUGGACGUUUUCUGUCCGCCGAAGAAUUUGGAUCCAUCCAAAUCUAUCAGUCAGAUGAAGCAGAAUGAUUCGUUGCAGAGUAUUAUGCCUGCAGAAUCUUCACAGUCAUCUCAUACUUAUAUGCAUAGUCAGACGAAAUUUCUAAAAUCACAGGCUAUAUUAUAUUUGGACCUUAAGACGCAGGCAUUUAUUUCGGCUAUGGAGUUGGGAGACCGAUCAAAGAAUGAGAUCAUUCAAGAUUUAUUUCCCGACAAUCUGGAUGCAAUUCUUAUGAAGAGGAAAGACUCAAACUUUGAUGAAAGCAAAACGAAAGUUGUUCGUAAUUUAAAACCUUUCACUUCAGCAGAGUUGGACUUCCUCUCUAGAUGCGAUUCUAGAAAAAAGAAUUUGCUGGAGGAGAAGAAUGAGUCAACAUUGAUGGAGAAGUAUGAGUGGAUGAAGUUUUUGAAUGACCUUCUAGAUUAUGUUUCAAAGAACGUUGGAUUCCUCAUCUGGGGACCUAAGGGUAAAUUUUCAAAUCAAUUGGACAAGCAUACUUCAGUUUAUAAGGAGAUUAGAAAAAUUCCUGAUAGUGAUAGUGGCAAGAGGAAAGCAGUGCCUGAAGAAGGCGAUACCGAAGCUUCUGCAAAGAAAAAGGCAAGACAAAAUAGAUCUGCCACUUUUAGGAGAACUUGGACGCCAGAAGAAGAAAAUGCAUUAAGAGAUGGACUCAAGCUGAAAGGAACUCAUUGGACAGCAAUUUUGGAACUGUACGGCCCUGGUGGUUCUGUUAAUGAGGCGUUGAAGAACAGAACCUCGUUGCAGUUGAAAGAUAAGGCCCGAAACUGGAAGCUUUAUUUUCUAAAGAACGACCUGAAGGUACCAAGCUACUUGACAAAAGCUACGGGUGGCUCCGAUAAGGCCGCAAGUCCCGCUGGGAGUAAGCAGCACACUGAAAUUUUGGAGGGAACCCCUUCUGCAACAAUCGUCAAUGGCUUAUCCAAGCCCGAUGUGACUGAGGGUAGUAGUGAAGCCACUAUUAAGGAAAGUUCUACUAAGACCGAUGCUGGAAAGGAUGCCACAGAUGAGUUUAAAAAUUUGGUGGCACAGGCUUUCAAUUGA